AUGCAGCUCUUACUCCAGACCCCGUGCUCAUGCAGCUCUUCCUCCAGACCCCGUGCUCAAGCAGCCCUUACUCCUGACCCCGUGCUCAUGCAGCUCUUACUCCAGACCCCGUGCUCAAGCAGCUCUUACUCCAGACCCCGUGCUCAUGCAGCUCUUCCUCCAGACCCCGUGCUCAAGCAGCCCUUACUCCUGACCCCGUGCUCAUGCAGCUCUUACUCCAGACCCCGUGCUCAAGCAGCUCUUACUCCAGACCCCGUGCUCAUGCAGCUCUUCCUCCAGACCCCGUGCUCAUGCAGCUCUUACUCCAGACCCCGUGCUCAAGCAGCUCUUACUCCAGACCCCGUGCUCAUGCAGCCCUUACUCCAGACCCCGUGCUCAUGCAGCUCUUCCUCCAGACCCCGUGCUCAUGCAGCUCUUACUCCAGACCCCGUGCUCAAGCAGCUCUUACUCCAGACCCCGUGCUCAUGCAGCCCUUACUCCAGACCCCGUGCUCAUGCAGCCCUUACUCCUGACCCCGUGCUCAUGCAGCUCUUACUCCAGACCCCGUGCUCAUGCAGCUCUUACUCCAGACCCCGUGCUCAUGCAGCCCUUACUCCAGACCCCGUGCUCAUGCAGCUCUUACUCCAGACCCCGUGCUCAAGCAGCCCUUACUCCUGA